UUGCUUCCUUGGCCUUUCUCCCGUUCUACGAGGUGCGCCUCGCCUCUCCCUUCUUUCCCAGCGAUGCAGCCCUACAUGGUUAACAUCAAGCUGUCAGCUCGGACACUCACUGGGGCACUCAGCCCUCAGAACCGGGGAGCGGCGGAUUGGGGCUGGCAAGGCCUGAUUGCAUAUGGAUGCCAUUCUCUCGUACUAGUGAUUGAUUCCAAGACUGCACAGACCCUACAGGUUUUGGAAAGACACAAAUCUAAUGUUGUGAAGGUUAAAUGGGCUAAAGAAAACUAUCACCACAAUAUUGGGUCGCCUUAUUCUCUGCGCUUAGCCUCGGCUGAUGCCACUGGAAAGAUCAUUGUUUGGGAUGUGGCUACAGGAGCUGCUCGCUGUGAAAUCCAAGAGCACACAAAACCCAUCCAGG